CUGUCAAUAUGAAGCACACAAACACAUAGAAAGAAAGCAAGAAAAAACAGAGAAGCCAAUUAUGGAGUUUUCAAGCUCAACCAUACUCUCAUUUCUUGCACUACUGUUCUUAUCAAUUCCAUUCUCUACUUCAAACCCAACUCAAGACAGUUUCUACCAAUGUCUUGCCACCAAUUCCAAUCUCUCUGUCCCACUCUACCCUGCUUUUUACACCCCAAACAUCUCUUCCUUCACUUCCCUCCUCCAAUCCACUGCCCAAAACCUCAGGUACUUACUCCCUUCUGUCCCAAAACCAGAGCUCAUCUUCACUCCCCUCUUGGAAUCCCAUGUCCAAUCUGCUGUUAUUUGCUCCAAACAGCUUAACAUACACCUCCGAGUCCGAAGUGGAGGCCAUGACUAUGAAGGCCUCUCUUAUGUCUCUCAAAUCGAGUCACCAUUCAUCAUCGUGGACCUGUCUAAGCUCCGGUCCAUCAGCGUCGACAUAGCUGACAACAGUGCCUGGGCUUCAGCAGGUGCUACAAUUGGUGAACUUUACUAUAGAAUUGCAGAGAAGAGCAAAAUCCAUGGCUUCCCAGCUGGGCUUUGCACGAGUUUAGGCAUUGGUGGACACAUUACAGGAGGGGCAUACGGGUCCAUGAUGAGAAAAUAUGGUCUCGGAGCUGACAAUGUUCUCGAUGCUCGAAUCGUCGACGCGAAUGGAAACAUUCUCGACAGACAAUCCAUGGGAGAAGAUCUUUUUUGGGCAAUUAGAGGUGGCGGCGGAGCCAGCUUUGGGAUCAUUCUUUCUUGGAAAGUAAGGUUGGUUCCUGUCCCGGAAACCGUGACUGUUUUCACGGUUCCCAAGACAUUGGAACAAGGCGGCACCAAGAUUCUGUACAGGUGGCAACAAGUUGCUGACAAGCUUGAUGAAAAUCUCUUCAUCAGGGUUGUCAUAAGUGUCGCCGAUGGCUCCACAAAAGGCCAAAAAACAAUCAGCACUGCUUAUAAUGCUCUGUUUCUCGGCGGAGUUGAUAGGCUUUUGCAAGUAAUGAAUCAGAGCUUUCCUGAAUUAGGUUUACAGAGUAAAGACUGUGUCGAAUUGAGUUGGCUCAAAUCGGUGCUUUACAUUGCUGGUUACCCGAGCAGUGUACCCCCUGAAGCACUGCUACAAGGGAAAUCAUCAUUCAAGAACUAUUUCAAGGCGAAAUCUGAUUUUGUUAGAGAACCAAUUCCUGAAACAGGGCUUGAAGGAAUUUGGAAAAGGCUAUUGGAAGAAGACAGUCCAUUGAUGGUUUGGAACCCAUAUGGUGGAAUGAUGAGUAAGAUUUCAGAGUCCGAAAUCCCCUUCCCUCAUAGAAAUGGGACUAUAUUUAAAAUACAGUACCUAAGUUUAUGGGGAGAAGCAGAUAAAGACUUGGCACCAAAGCACAUAGAUUGGAUCAGGAAGCUUUACAAUUACAUGGCUAGUUAUGCUUCUACGUUUCCAAGAGAAGCAUAUGUGAAUUACAGAGACCUUGAUUUGGGGAUCAACAAGAAUGGUAGCUCUAAUUUCAUACAAGCUAGUGCUUGGGGUGCUAGGUAUUUCAAGAACAAUUUCAAUAGGUUGGUGCGAAUCAAAACCCAGGUUGAUCCAGAUAACUUCUUUAGGCAUGAACAGAGCAUCCCAACUCUUCCAACAUCCACAAAGAGAAGGGGUAGAAAAUCCCAUCAUCGUACUAAAAAAUCACAUGGGUAGAAAGGAAAAGUGUGCUAUGUAUACGUAUGUCGAGAAAUAUUUCAAAAAUAAAAUGUUCGUGUAAACUUAAGUUCAGUGUGAUAUAAGUUAUAUUUAGAAUAAUUUUAAUAUAUAGAUUUCGUUGUCUAAAAUCUUUUCAAAACACUUUCUACGUAGGUAAUAUUGUUGUGAUUGAGAUGAAUUGUAAUGAUUUAUGUAUGACUUUGGUUGAGGGA